AUGGUAAAAUCUCCGAACAGAACAUAAUUGGCUUUUUGAAAAAAGAGGACAAUAUUUUGAUAAAUGCUUUGGAAGUUAUGUGAAGGUGUGCCAUUCGUGAAAUUAAAUGGUCAUUAUUAAACGUUCUCGUGGACGAAAAUGUGGGAGCGUCACUAGAAAUGUAUCGUGUAAACACCUAUUGUUGUCACGUGUCAUUUACAUGGUAUUUAGAAGAGUACUUUGUUUUUCAUUUAAACUAUAAUUGAAUAGUUUUACGCUGUUAACAAUGUUAACGUUGUUAUUCUUUUCUUAAAUAAAAAAAUAUGACAACUAUGACAGUUAACUAAGUUUGAUAGAUUGUAACAGUUAUUUAAAAUAUCUAUCAACAAUAAAACUCACACUUGUUUACUACUGACACCCAACAAAUGUCUACAAACAAUGAUAUGGAAUUUCAUAACUGGGUAAAGGCCUGUUUGGCUAUCAAAUGUGUCAGGAAUGGGAUAAUUCCAUUACUUGAAAAACACUGCAAGGAGCAUUAUUCAAAUAACACUGAUCAGGUUCUUAACGUUUGCGGGCUACCCAAAUAUUCAUGCAACCAGUGUGAUGUAACAAAGCUGGAGCCUUACCACAAACAUUCACGCACAAAAUGUGGAUACAGAAAAUGUGCUUGCAAGGAAAAGAACAUGAACAUGAAGCCAUGUACGGAAAACCUUGCAUGUGGAGUGAUUUAUGACCAAAUCAAGGCUGCUCACAUAAACAAUGAUCCAAGUUGGUCAAACACAAAUUGUGACAAGUGGUCAAGCAGUGCAUGGGAACAGAUGAAAUGCUACAUCUCUACCCCCGGAUAUAAAGAGAAAGCGGAUAUAUCUUGUGCUGAUUUGACAGCUCUAAUUCAGAUUUGUCUAAACUACAUACCUUUGAGGACAUUGUUCAACCAGAAUAUAAUCGACCUUGAUGAGGUGCGGAGGUGCAGAAAUGACAUCUACCAUUCUAGUACAAUGGAACUGGCAAACGAUCGGCUGAACUAUUUCCUUUCUACCAUGAAAACAUUUUUGAAGUUAAGGUUCUUUCAAGACUUCAAAGCUGAAGUCGACUGCCAGUUGGAACAACUGUCAAAGUUGGAAAAAGACGAGUUUGAGGUAUCCAUAGAAAAUGAAAUAGCUGCACGAAAGGAUGCUUUAGACGGAAUUCAGGAAUCGAUGGCGGAUAUGCAAAGAAGUUUUUCACAAAUGAAGGAUCAACUGGAAGAAAUAAAUAAACGCACCGCAGACCAAUGUUUAGAAAAUCGAGAAAUAAAACAGCAUUUGUCUGCACAAACAAAAAAUAUAAACUCGAUACAAGAGACGCAAGCAUCGAUAAGUGAGUCGGUGUCUGAUUUGCAAACCAAUAUUAGGGAAUCCAGCGAAAAGACAGAUUCACGGUAUGGUGAAAUAAUAGCAAGUAAUGGCUUAAUACUAGCAAAUCAACGCGAAAUACUAGCAAGAAUAGAUCAGUUGAAUGAAUUAUUUCAAAAGCAAACUCCUGACGCGAAAGAAACUCUGAAAACAGAUAUCGUCACAAAGAUAAAUGUUAAGCCAACACAUGCAAAAGCAGGGAACACUGUUUCAGAAGAAAUGUGCACAGCUGGUAAUGAGAUAAUAAACAGUUUCAACGGAGAUUCAGCCGAUAAUCCCCUGAAACGACGUUUAAAAGAUGUCGUCGAACAGCUUCAGGAAGGCAACAACAAAGUUACUGCGUUUAAACAAAAAUGCUUGGAAAUUUACAUUUCGUCUCCAACAGUACAAAGUUGGGUGACAUUGAACAAGGCAUUUUUUAAUGGUACCAUAGAAAAAGCAUUCCUACCGGUGCAAACAUACCUGAGGACACGUCAUGGGUGUGGUAAUCUUACCUUGACUAUUGAAUUAGAUCAAGACUGCUUCAACAAAUGUGCUAACACUAUCAUAAUCAACCUCGAUCGAAUGUUUAACAAUCAGCAAACAGAGGAUCACCCAUACAAAGUAACGGAAACCCUGUGUAUGGCGUCCGUCUUUAGCACUGUGCGUCGUAUGCCAUGCGACGUACGGUUUGAAUCGUCAAUUAUCAGUUAG